AUGGUGGAAAACAUGAAGAUUGUGGCUUCUGCAGACAAGGAGCUAUCCGUCGAGGAGCGCAAUCUACUUUCCGUUGCCUAUAAGAACGUGAUUGGCGCCCGACGUGCCUCGUGGCGAAUCGUUACUUCGAUCGAACAAAAGGAGGAGUCGAAAGGCAAUGAGGCGCAGGUUGCUCUUAUCAAGGAGUACCGCCAAAACAUCGAGACUGAGUUGGCCAAGAUCUGUGAGGACAUCUUGGAUGUGCUUGACAAGCACCUUAUCGCCUCUGCGGAAACUGGAGAAUCCAAGGUUUUCUACCACAAGAUGAAGGGGGACUACCACCGCUAUCUCGCCGAGUUCGCUCUUGGAGACAAGCGCAAAGACUCUGCUGAUAAGUCGCUGGAGGCUUACAAGAAUGCAACUGAGGUUGCUCAGACCGAUCUUGCCCCUACCCACCCCAUCCGUCUAGGUCUUGCUCUCAACUUCUCCGUCUUCUACUAUGAAAUCCUGAAUUCCCCAGACCAGGCUUGCCACCUCGCCAAACAAGCUUUCGAUGACGCUAUUGCUGAACUUGACACACUUAGCGAGGAGAGCUACAAGGACUCCACUCUUAUUAUGCAACUCUUGAGAGACAACCUGACUCUCUGGACAUCAUCUGAGGCUGAACCCGCCCCCGAGGUGGCCCCUGCCCCAUCUGAGCAAAAGGAUGAAGCCCCUGCUGCUACUAGCGAGGAUGCUCCUAAGGCCGCUGAGUAG